GCCGCUCUACUGUUUAGUCCCUGCUACUGCAGCUAGAGUAAAAUGCGGUCUAUAUGUGCAGGGAUAGAGCAGUAAUCCUCCCGGGACAUCUCGAUGAAGCUCUCCUGGAGGUAAUUGGAAAGCCGUUGCAUGAGGUUCCUGGGGAGAGCGGCCUUAUUGGGUCCUCCGAAGUACGACACGUUGCCGCGCCACGAGACUAUCAAGUACUCGGGAAUCAUUGCUCUGCACAGCAGGGCGGCAUACGGCCCUGGUCUUUGGAGGCUUUCCCGGAGCAUUCUCUCUCUCUCGCUGUCAGAGAUCCUCAUCAGGGUGAUGUCGCCCAUGGUGACCUGCUUUGAAUUAGCCACAUCUGCGACUGUCUCACAACCUAGCCUGGCAUCACACUCCCAGAGGCUAGCGAAGAUUAGGCAUAGGAAGAAGAGGACACGGGAGGACAUGUUCUCUGAACUUAUGGCCUGUUCCCAAGCCCAGGCAGCACAGCAGACCCAGUGGCGGGAGAAAUUGACCCAAAUGCAGCAAGCAAACAUGGAUCGGGAGGAGAGGUGGCGGCAGGAAGACCAGCAAGCGACUCAAACGCUGCUUGGACUACUGAGGGAGCAAACAGACACGCUCCGGCGCCUUGUGGAUGUUCUGCAGGAACGGAGGCAGGAGGACAGAGCCCCGCUGCAGUCCAUCUCUAACCGCCCUCUCCCGCCACCAAGUCCCAUACCCACCUCACCCAAAGUGCAAAGAAGGAGAGGCGGCAGAGUCCCUGCUAACUCUCACUCCACCCCUGCAGAGAGCUCUAGUAGCAGAAGGCUCUCAUUCCCCAAAACUUGAAAAGUUCUUUCCUUCCCGCCUGACACAAGCCCCCGUCCAAGUUUCACCUCCCAGUUCCAUGUGUAGUUGAUAAUAAAAAAUACGUUCAUGUUAAGUACUGUUUCAAUGAUGUUCUUUUGGAGGAGGAGGGGAAAGGGGGUUGGUAAUUGGACAGGACAGUCGCCUUUGGCAGGGUACAUAGGC